AUGUCGUUCUCCAGGAUAUUGGCCUCUAUCAAAGGCGCUGUGUCGCGGGACACAUACAAGUACAGUGCUAUUCCAGAGCAGUUGAGUCGACGGCCAUCGAGUCGACGACAGCGUAGCAGCGAAUCUGCCGCUUUAGCAGCAUCGUCACAGGGCCGAGAAAAGUUGAUCAAGAUGUCACUUGGAGGAAUGGCCCUUUUCGCCAUAUUAUUGACCACGGUCUCACUUGGGCGAUUCAACUCGGGCUCGGCUUGCGAGUUGGUUGGAAACUGUACGACAGAUGUGUCGCAUAUUUGGGGCCAGUACUCGCCAGUCUUCUCGGUCCCGUCAACCAUCGAUGCAGCAGUUCCGCAGGAGUGUAAUGUGACUUUUGCGCAGAUUUUAUCGCGGCAUGGAGCGCGAGCACCGACUAAGAACAAGUCGGAUGUCUACAAAGCUAUGAUCGAACGCAUCCAAAGCUCUGUGAAGGAGUACGGCAAAGGAUACGAAUUCCUCAAAGACUACGACUACAACCUUGGCGCUGAUGAUCUCACGCCGUUUGGGGAACAGCAGCUGGUUGACUCUGGAAUCGCCUUUUACAAGCGCUACCAAGGCUUGGCAUCUGAAUCUGACCCGUUCGUUAGAACAGCAGGAUCUGACCGAGUGAUUGUAUCGGGCCAGCGGUUCGUUGAGGGGUACUAUAAAACCCAAGGUCGCGAUGCUUUCAGCCCAACGAAGGGCAUCCUUGUGCUUCCCGAAGACUAUGGAUUCAACAACAGCCUAAAUCAUGGAGCCUGCCCGGCAUUUGAAGAUGGACCGAUAUCCGAGAUUCGCGAUCAAAACCAGAAAACUUGGCUGGGAGUCUUUGGACCUGCGAUUAAUCGGAGGCUCAACAACAAACUGCCAGGCGCAAACCUGACCCUGACCGAGACGAUCUUUAUGAUGGACUUGUGCCCCUUUAACACGGUAGCAACCACAACUGCUGCGCUAUCCGACUUUUGCAGGCUCUUCUCGAUAGAUGAGUGGGCCAGCUACGACUACUUUCAAUCAUUGGAUAAAUGGUACGGCUAUGGGCGAGGCAAUCCGUUGGGCCCAUCCCAGGGUGUCGGAUUUGGCAACGAACUGAUUGCCCGGCUCACUGGCACGCCUGUGGACGACCGCACGACAACAAACUCAACGCUCGACUCUUCUCCCGUAACCUUCCCUCUGAACAGGACGCUGUACGCGGACUUUUCUCACGACAACACAAUGUCAUCCAUAUUUGCUGCGCUGGGGCUGUUCAACGCAACAAUGGACCUACCGCUCAAGUACAAAGUAUCACCUCGACGCCUCCACGGCUUUUCGGCCGCUUGGGCGGUCCCGUUCGCUGCCCGCUUAUAUGUAGAGAAGAUGCAGUGCGGCGACUCAAGCGAGGAGCUAGUGCGAGUGAUUCUCAACGACCGGGUGGUUCCUUUGCGGACGUGCAACCCUGAUAGGCUGGGGCGGUGUAAGCUGAGAGGCUUUGUUGAUAGCCUCAAGUUCAUAAGGAGCGGGGGGCUGUGGGAUCAGUGCCCUUUGACGGCUGAUGUUUGA